CUUGUGUUCGAUCCUUACGAAAAUACCUCUUUAUAUGGGAAAAACCGACCGAUACAGCUGGAAAUACUGUUUAAAUGACUUUAAACCUCAACCGAACUCUGCAACAAUGGCGUCUCCGCUUUUUACUGCCUUCCUUCAUCUCUCUCACCUCCCCGAGGUCCAGGUUUAUUGCUGAUUCACUUGCUGCUAAUUCAGCUCUAACCCAUCAAUCUGUAUAUGGGGUUUCUCAUCCCACAUUAUUGUUUUUCCAAGCAGCGAGAUCAUAUGCUCGAGGUGAUAGAAAGCCCUAUGAUCUUUUUGGUCAAGGAGCACCAGGGAGUAAAGAAUUUAGGAAGGCAUGGACAAGUCAGCUAGACGAAGAGGACCGUCUGUGGUCAGGGAGUGAAGAUGAGGAUGAUUCCAAGAAAAAGUUAAGCCCUCUUGAGAAAGAAAUUAGGAAAGUGAAACAGAAAGCGAAAGAGCACUCUGAUCGUAUAGAUGCCGAUGACAGUGAUGAACUUUGGAGUGUAUGGUCAGGGAGUGAUGAGGAGAAAACUCUUUGGACAGGCAGUGAAGAAGAUGACGAUGAUGAUAUUCCUACCGAACCUUAUCCAAAUGAGAAGAGUGACACUUAUAUAGAUAAGUUAUUUGAGUUUGAAGAGACACCCAAGUAUAGAACACUCUCAGAGCUACUGAAAGAUGAAGAUGAGCCAGAAGAGUUGUCUCCUGGUAAAAAGGCACGAAAACUUGCAGUUGAGAAUGCCCUAAAGAAGUUGAAAAAAGGGCCUGAUGGAAGGUACUUAAAUGUUUGGGAGGUGAUGAGUGACAUAGAUAUUCUCAUAGGUGCAUUUGAAAAUAUUGUUUCGGGCCCAGAAUAUGCUGAACUUAGGCAGGGAGGUCCAAAACAACUUAAUAUGCAGUUUUUUAAGGAUAUUCAAGCAAAAAUGAGGGAUCCCAACUACAAGUUCACUCCAGAACUCAAGUUGAAGCCAAAGAGCAAACUAGUCCGCAGGAAGAAGUGGCAAAAGGCACAAUCUAGACGGCGGAAAGAUCAAAAGCGGUAAUUGUUGUUUUAAUUCCAACUUUGCUUUAUAAUACUCGUAGUUUUUGUCUCCCUACCUAGUCAUAUAUGCCAAUGAUCAUUUUGUAAAGGUAUACUUUUGCGUGUAAUGUGUACUGUUAUUCGUCUGUGCCACAGCUAAUUAAUCCAAGUAAAAAUCAGUUUUGUA